UGCAAGGCAUUUCAGCCGAAGAGAACGUAUUGUAAAGUGUGGUCUAUUGACAGGAUGAGUCUGUGUACUACACUGCUGCUCAGCUUUCUGGUCGUUCAGACCCACACCUUUGACUUCCAGGGUGGACUGAUGACUUUUAUGCCUGUGAAACGACACUCGAAUGGAACUAUUUCAGUGAGCUUCCACUACAAAGAGUCUUACAGAGGGCCGUGUGCACACCAGCUCUCCUGGGGCUGUGGAAGUGGAGACUGUGGGCAGACCAUUCUUGCUGGAGUGACAGACGCAGACAAGGAUGUCUCAGACCAGCGCCUCUGGUGUCAAUCUGAGGGUCUCAUUCUGAGAAGUCUUCCAAGUGAUGAACCAUUCACACUGAGAGACACAGGUUGUUGCUGGGUUUCUAAUCUCAAUAAUGCAGUAGAUUGGACACUGGUCACCACAGUGGAUAUGGGGACGCGCUCUGACACCCACAACCUCAACAAAUCUCCUGUCAUGACAACUGUUCCAACUAUCAGAAUUGCCCAAAAUUGUUUCACAACAUUCCCACUUCUGUCCCAUGAUCCGGACGGGGAUCAAGUCAGAUGCCGGUUUGAACAAGCCAACACGUGUGAGAAGAAUUCCUGCCUUCAACAUCCAAACUUCACUCUCAAUGAGACUCUCUGUACUCUACAAAUGAACAACACACCAAGUAUAGGCGUGCACGUGUUUAAAAUGGUGGUGGAAGAUUACCCAACUCAAGCCAUAACAUUGUCAUACAGUAAUGGGGACUCUUCUGUCAGAAAUCCACUGGAUUUGUCUGUGAACAACAGCAACCUUGUUCCUCUCAGCCAACUACCUUUGCACUUUGCAGUUGAGAUUGGCUCCCCGUUGGCGACCUGUGGCUCUGGAGUUGUGAGGCCUCAGUUCCUGUUUCCCACCCCUGUACAUGGAGAUGUCCACUAUGCUGUUCUGGGCCAACCACUCACCCUCACCCUGCGAGCACAAGCAACAGAUUCCCUGAUAUAUGACUUUCAGCUCAGUGGACCUUACAACAUGACUAAGAACUCAUUCCAGAAUGACAGCAAUGGAAUUGUCCAAGUGUAUGUAACCUGGACGCCUCAGGAGAAUGAUGUUUUCCAGCACCUUCCUGUUUGCUUCACUGCAGAGACGAGGGAGAGUCAAUCUGAGAUGAGAUGCAUCGUUGUGAUCGUUGAAAGGGACACUCUGUUGUCAGUUGAUGCUGACAUCUCCUGCAUGGAUAGCACAAUAUCCAUGACUCUGCCUAAGGACAGAAUGCAGGGAGUGGAGGCCAGCCAACUACACCUAAAGGACCCAACCUGCUCCCUCUAUUCCAAUGAAACCCACAUAAUGGCCACUUUCUCCCUCAGCUCCUGUGGAACACAGAUCUUGGAUAAUGGUGACCACAUCAUGUUCAAAAAUGAGAUCAACUCUGUCAAGGAGACCUCAGUCAUAACCAGGAGGAAUCUUGUCAAGAUCCCCUUCUCGUGCAGCUAUCCCAAACAGGCUUACGUUUCGGCCAACUUCAGGAAUCACAAAUCCGAUUAUGUGUUCACCGAGACAGGCUUUGGCAGCUUCAGCUUCUCCUUUGAUUUCUAUACUGACAAUACUUUCCAGAGCAAAAUUGCCCCUACCUCUUAUCCUGUAGAAGUGAAGCUGCUGGAUAAGAUUCACGUGGGCAUCCAUGGUCAUUCCUCUCUCUCAAAUCUCGUGCUGUUUGUGGACUCCUGCAAGGCCACCCCAGACGACAACCCAAACAACGCUUUGUUUUACGACAUCAUCAAAAAUGGCUGCGCAUUGGAUGAAACCCUCAUCAUUUCCCCAGGAAAUAAAACUGAGUUCAAGUUUGAAAUUCAAGCUUUCAAAUUCAGUGGAGAGUUUGAAGAGGUGUACAUCAGCUGCAGUGUGAUCAUGUGUGAUGCUACCAGCUCCCAGUCCAGGUGCGCGCAGGGCUGUGUGUCCAACCCAAUCAGUCGACGCAAACGGGAGCUGCUCUUCCAGACACACAAGCACAUCAUCACCCAGGGGCCACUGCAGCUGCAGAGGCACACCAGUUCCAUUUCAGACAGAAGCUCCAGUGCUAACCAGAGCUUAAACGCAGGCACCCUGGUCUUCGCUGGGCUAUUUGUUGCAGCAGUACUCGUGCUAGCUGGAGUGAUGGUCUACUACCGGAGGAGUAUCAAGCCACUUGACCGCACCUAUCUCCUGUCCUCAUCUUAGCCAAGUCACAGGCAUGAUGGGAUUGGAUUCCUGCACUUGGGAUGUAAGAAAAGGCUCUGAAAGCACAAUGGUAUUGGGUUUGCGUACAGGAUUAUAAAACAAAGAAAAAAAUACUACUUAUUUUACACUGCUUACAUAAUUUUCUUAUGAAGUACAGACGUUCUCUUUAUAAUGAGCAUACAAGAGCACUUAAAUUAGCAUUAUAAUCAGGUAGGGUAGUUUAUAAGACAGGCCAUUACUUAAAAUAAAGUUCAAUGGGCCUGUUUGAAUUUUAUUUCUUGCUUACAGUAAAUUGACACAUAAAGGAAAGUAAUAAAUAGUGAAGUAUGUGCAGUGGAACUGAAAUUAACAAGCCAAACUUUUAAUACUCACUUUUCCUGCAACUUUGGGAAUAUGAAGUACGCUAAUAAAUAAAUACUAUUUACUCAG